UCAGCUGUUGGAGCUCCACAACAACAACAAAAGAAGUCGCAGUACAGGGACCCGACGAGGAAACGGGGCUGAAAAGAGAAAAGACGAUCAACCUCACUGUGACUCCCUAUGUACAGCCCGUAAAUUAAACAUUUUUAUAUCUUAUUUCUUCCGCGAAGAAAGCUCAAGUUUUUCUAUUUUUCGAAAAGUAACGAAUCUACCUCCGUUUUAAGGAUUUUUGUUUUAUUUGUUUUUUUCAACCGUCGUUUACAUCUCCUCCUCCCGCUGCCGCAGGGCUCUUUCUUUACUUUUGCACUCGACGUUGAACGAUGUCCAGCAUGUCCCUGCUGGCCCUCAGGUGAUCCCUGACCACACCCUAUUGAUGCACUUUAGCACCUUUCUGGAGCCUUUGACUCGCUGUGCCCCCUGCAGCUGAUGACCAAAAGGACCACCCCAACCCCUUGCCGUCGCCCAGAGCCGCGCGCCUCCUCCCUGUGCUCCUCCUUCGGCCUUCAGGACGUCCCGGCAUGUUCCAGAGGUUCGCCAGCACUCUGUUUGGAGACGACGGGAACGAGCCGAGUCGAGGCAGCCAGCCGGGAGGCGGCAAACAGGCAGAGGAGGAGGAUGAAGAAGACUGGAUCUUAGUGAACUACCUGGCUGAAGCUUGCUCUAGUCAUUGUGGUGAUGACCUCUCUGACUCCACCAUCAUCCCUCAUGAAGAGGAGGAGGAGGAGGAAGAGGAAGACCUGGUGAUGAUCCCUUCUCCGAUGGCCAGCCCCGCUAUCCGCUUCCCCUCCUGCACCUCCCUCAACUCCACGGCCGACGGCGGCGCGGAGGACGAUGAAGAUGGGGACGACGAGGAGGAGGAGGAAGGCGGGUUCCUGCGUCUGGACGCCUGCUCUCUGGAGGAGAGCUGGUUCGUGACUCCUCCCCCCUGCUUCACCGGCCAUGGCGGUCAGCCGGUUCUCCUGGAGACCAGCCCGCUGGAGAACCUGCUGAUCGAACACCCCAGCAUGUCCGUCUACGCCCACCACAGCCCGCCGCGACUGGCCCGAGACCCAAUACCACACCACACGCUCGACCGGGAAAUGGACUUCCUGUCUGGAAAUACGUCUGCAAACCAAACGCCUGCAGGUGGAAAAGAGAAGGCAAGACCCACACUUGAAGGACCUCGACAUAGACCAGAGGUGGUGCAGCGCCGCUCCACCCUGCACUCUACCUGCUACGCUGCAGCGCUCACCACCAAACCCGGACUCCUGCAGCAGCGGCCGGGUAACGUCACCCAACGCACCCAGCUGCUGUCCCGCAAGGCCCUACGACGCCUCAACCUGCUGCGCCCCGCGAAGCCCGGCACCCUCCACUUCCAUCUGCACCAGCCCACCCAGAGGCACCUCAACUUCUGAUGGGGUCCAGCAACAUCACAGUUAGUCAGGAUGGAAAUGUCAACGCCGGCCAAUCUCCCACAAACUCACACUUCUUUUUCAUUGUUAUAAUUCAGAAACGAACACCAGCAAGCAGCCAGUUACAUCAUCAGUCCUGGUUGAUCCUUUUGAAAACCUUACUGGACAGGGAAAUGGGGAAAGUAGCUGGCUUUUUUUUUACUCUAAACACUUUCCCUCCUUUCAUUCUCGCCCUUCUCUUUAUGUAUUCUUUCUGAAAAGAAGAGAAAGGGAUGCAGAAAAGCUCAUCAUGUACCCCUUUACCAUUUCUGACUACUUUAUAUCCAAUCACAGAGAGAAAGAGGUGUCAAAAUGACUCCCUUUCCUUCUCACUUUCUAUUGUUUUGUUCAGUAUGGGCAACUUAAUGUGUAGAAACAAUGCUGUAGGUCACUUUAUUCAGAGGCAGGUUCACAGCGUGGCAGGAUGGUCCAGUGGUGUUAUUUCAGGGACUCACAAGAUGAUGGUUUGGUUGCCUGCAAACUUACAGGUAACUUUGUCAAGGCAGCAGGAGACAUUGCAGAUCCUAAAUCACUUGAAUAUGUACAGUCCAGCAGGACUGUGCUUCAGUUUAAUCAUUGCAGUACUGUUCGGAUGAGGCUUCAAACAGUUUGGGUACAAAUCCUUAAAGGGGCAUUUCCGUUCUUUUCAUCUUUUCAUCCACACUAUUAUAAUCAGCAACAUGUUCUUGUUUACUUUAGCUAAUCUUUUACAAGGAGCCAGGAGGCUUUUAAUUUUUGAAAUGUUAAAACAAUUUGAGCUCAUAUUUGAUAUUUUUGUGAAGUGCAAUACUAAAUUACUGAGUCUUUAAAUAUUUACUUUAUAAUUAGCUUUUUGUGUGUAGAGAUGCAGUAGUUUGAAUUUUGUGGCCGAUUUCUGGGUUUUGUAAAAUGUCAAACUGCCAAUACCAAUUACUCUUCAAAAACAACGAUCAUUUAUCUUAGUUAAUGUUAGGUGACCUGGAGAGCUUUAAUUGAAUCCCUUCAGCUAACCACCAUUGAUUCGUUGCGUCAGCCUAUCACAUCUUGUCUUUGACUCAAUUCUUUUAUUUUGGUAAGCUUCAUUCAACUGAAAGUGUACAAAACUAAAAGUAAAUUAAUGCUUUAGAUUUUAUCCAGAAUUUUUUUUUCAGAGAAGUUAAAUAGGCUAAGCGCUUUUCAAAGUUAGUAAAGAAAAUACUAGCUCUGCUGUUAGCGGAUCAUGGGAAGUGUGCCCUCCACUAAUGUUUACAUUUAAAACUGUUUUUGACAUUUUGUAAUAACGAUGAGCAUUGUUAGCUAAAACCGCUAUAUCCGUUUGUAUUCCCUGAAGAAUGUAACUCAGAGAUUUCAAUCAUUUUCAAAGCCGACACGCAGGUAUUAUCAGUUAGCAUGUUAAACAUGACUUACAUGGUAUCUUCUUCAGGUCUUGCUCUCUCUUACGCCCUGAAUGCACCACAUGUAUUUGUCAAUAUGCAUUGAUGCUUUUCAACAUGACUCAAGCAUGUCACAGAAAAUCGCGUUUCUUUUUAAAUGUCUUCUUACAUCAGUAACUCACUCAGUUUUUUUACUCAGUAACAACAUCCAGUCUGAAGAGUGUUAUCAUCAGACAGCUCAUUGAUUGGAAAAAUUAUUGGAUUUUUGAGUUUCUGACCAGUUUCUUGUCAGUCUAGGGAUAGUCAAGCUAAAAAUUUGUGGAUUUUGGUCCACAACUGAUUUCUCGGUGCAUCUCCGGUUUAAGGUCUUGUGUGCAGGACUUCUCUACAGAGGCUUUAACAUUAUUUCUUUUCUUGCUGGAUUAAAAAAAAAAUCUACAGGACUUUUACUGUUUUCUUCUCAUUAAGCAGACCUAAAGUAAAUCCAGACAUUAGGAUGUUACAUUACACAUCACCCUGUGAAACUGUAGACUGUUGUAACUGAAAAUAGAGAAACAAAACUGAGAGUUUUAACAAAAUUAUCCUGAAGCACACCUCUGGACUAUCGCCUCUUUCUUUUCUUUUUUUUCUUAGACAUGAUCAACAUUUAUACUUGAUCUCAGGUUUUCUUUGUGUUCUCAUUUCCUCGUUACAAACACACUCAAUAGUGUUUCAAUGCAAGUAAUUUAAUUGACUUAAAGAGCCUUUCUAGGGGAAUUUGUCUCUUAUAUUUACUGCCUUUUUAAAAUCUUUAGCACCACUAUUUUCGCUCAGUUCAGGACUUCCUGCUGUGUCAACCGAACCUGCUUCUGACUUUCAGUUCAGUGCUUUUCACCAUAUUGUUUUUGGAAGAAAAAAAUAAAUACAAGUAGUUAAAAUGACUGGGUUCAAUAUCACUAAAUGCCUUGUUUUAAUGGUAGCUUUGAGAUGAAUGGAAAUGUAAAAAAACAACAACAUGUAUGUAAAAAAAAAAAAAAUAUAUAUACUUCCAAAUUAGAAAAAAAAAGCAAAUUACAUAUCAGUAUGAAGUUGUACGCAUCGAUGGAUUCUUGCUUUGGUAUGUUUGGUAAUGAGUGUGCUGUUUGUUGCAUGGUUGUAAUGUUAGUAUCACGAUGUUGGAAAAAAUUAGAAAAGAUAAUGGAAAAGGACUUGUUUUUCUUCUUGUUUGUUCUGAUAUAAAUCUGCAGUCCACUUCUCAGGGUCACAACCAAUCACCUUUUACACUUUAGGAAAAUGCAGAUUUACUUGACGGAUGAUGAUACUAUUUCCCGCCUCUGAAUUGCGUGUGAGAAAUAAUUACCUGAUAGAUUAGUAUCUCUAAAGCUUCUUUCAGUCCCCGGUUUGUGAAAACAAACCAUCGCCCACUUUUGGGAAUCUAUCAAGACACGGACAAACUGUCUUUUCAGAGCUGUUAAUAUUUUUAUUUUAAUUUUUUGCUCAAGUGUACCUGACUUGGUUUUAGAAAUGUACUUAAUGUUUGUUCAACUGUUCUAAUUUCUAUGCUAUAAUAGUUACAUUUUGUUCAGCUGAUAUUUAAACCAAAAGAAAGUAGCGGCAAUCUGUAAUCUUUCACUUCUGUUUAAUACUUAUGUUCUGUUUUUGCAUUAUUGAAAUGUUUGUUAAAUGCUUUUGGAUAAAAUAGCAGACAGUUUUAUGUUUUAAUGUGUCGCUGUAAGCAAAGCUGAAACCAGAAUGAGCUCCCGCACUGCAGAAAGAAACAGUUAUUAUACAAACAAAACAUAUGGAAGGCUCUUACGGCCAAAAACUGUAAGUUAAUGUUCUUUUUUUUUCUCUUAACAUGUCAGAAUCUCCAUGUUUAAAGUUUUAUAAAAAUGUAUUUUGUUCUUAUUCAACUAAAUUGACAAUGUAUUUGAACUUUGCAUCUUAUAAGUUUUACACACCAUUGUUUUUUGCAUUUUCUGGAACAAUCUUGAUGCAGAUCAAUGCCUUUUAUGUAACAAUUUUAAAAAUGUACUUAAAACAUUUUUUGCCAUCAACUUGUUCAGAUAGAGUAUGUUUUAUUUUUUAAAGAUUUUAAUCUGAACAAACUCAGAAUACUUUUUGCAGUGUGGUGAAGGAUCUCUGAUUGUUUUUGAUAGGACUGUAGCUAUGUUUGUUGAGUGUCUCAAUGUUUGCUGUACAUAAUACAAUGGUGGACUUUGACUUUAGCUUCUGUAAGCUUGUCUUUUAGAUCUACGCUAUCUAACUCUUGACUUUUCAACCUUUGUGUUCACUUUUGGUGUUAUUUUGUGUUACUGCGAUAUUUUUGAAGAAGACGACGUUUAAAGAAAGAAGGGUUUGGAGUCGACGUUUAAGGCUCCACCUGCUGGCAGAAACCUGAAAUGUUUUAUCUGUGUUAAAAUCUUUGAGCUCAACUCAUCUUUUAUUACCAACUAACAGGGAUUUCUAGUAUUUUUGUUCAAUGCCUUGAAAUUUGUAGAUCACGUGCCUUCCAGGUUGAAAUGUUGUAAUGACAAUGCAUCGAUGAAGAACUUGAACUCUUUUUUUUUUUUUUUUUGUUAAUGUUCUGAUUGGACAUAAUGGAUAAAAACACAGACAUCAGAAACAAACUAUGCAUCACUUUGAAGAGGCUCCAGCUCUCGCUGCCACCAUCCGCCCAGCCUGAGUACAACUUUGACAGAAUGACAAUGUAGCAAAUCCUUUUUUUUCUCUCCUUUUUAUUUUAAGUGUGAAAAAUAUCUUGUGGCAUUUUCAUUUUUCACCGAGUGUUAGAUAUGUUUGUUUUUAUGUAGUUUACUGGAAUAAUACAGCACUUUGCCAAAAAGAAAAAAAAAAAUUGUAGAAAUUUUAGGAGCUAAUGUUUUAUUUAUCGAUAUAACUGUCAUCCUUCUUCGUAUUUUGGAUGUAUAACAGAUCAAUUCACUCUGUUCUGAUGUCAGAAACAAAAAAAAAAGCUGAUAAAAAGUGGGGUCAUCUGUUUUUGAACUGUAAUAGUUAAUACAUGUGAUCUCUCAUUAGCUGACAAUAAAUGUUUUCAUAAA